AUGGGCCGUGCCUCGAAGGACAAGCGGGACAUUUACUACCGCAAGGCAAAGGAGGAGGGCUACCGGGCGAGGAGUGCGUACAAGCUGCUGCAGCUGCACGAGGAGUUUGACAUUCUGCAGCGGGGCAGCAUCCGCACCGGCGUUGUGGAUUUGUGUGCGGCGCCGGGGAGCUGGUCGCAGGUGCUGGCGCGACACCUGCGCGAGGAGGUGCGGGGGGCGCCCGGGCAGCCGUCCACGGGCGCCGCCCGCAUCGUCGCCGUUGACCUGCAGGAGAUGAUGCCGAUUGAGGGGGUGCAGCUGCUGCAGGGCGACAUCACGAGCGAGGCCACCGCGCGGGAAAUUAUCCGGCUUCUCAACGACAACGACGACGCGGUCUCCGCCGGCGCCGAACGUGCGGAGAAGGAAGCCGCAGACGCAGGCGCGGGCGCGGCGGCGGCGGCGGCGGCGGAGGAGGACGGCGGCACGGCGCGCGGCCGUGAGAAGAAGGCGGACCUUGUCGUCUGCGACGGAGCCCCGGACGUGACGGGGAUGCACGAGUUGGACGAGUACCUGCAGCACCACUUACUGCUGGCGGCGCUGAAUAUCACGACGUUUGUGCUGCGUCGCGGGGGGACGUUUGUCACCAAAAUGUUUCGUGGCCCCAACACGCCUUUUCUGGUGGCCAAGUCGGAGGUCUUUUUUCGGCACGUCACGAUCGCCAAGCCCAAGUCCUCGCGCAACGCCUCGAUGGAGGCGUUCAUGGUCUGCCAGGACUACCAGCCGCCCGCCGCCUACCGCCCCUCCUUCGACCGCCCCCUCACGACGACCACACGGUGCUUUACGCCCGCCGCCCCACCGCCGCCGGCGCUCGCGUCGCAGCAGAGUGAGACGCAGCAGGCGGUGGACCAAACUCAGGCGGAGUACGAGGCCUUUAUGGUGGAGAACGUCAUUGUGCCCUUCCUGGCCUGCGGGGAUCUCUCCGGCUACGACGCGGACAUGUGCUACGACCGGGAGGCGGACGCGCCAGUGCUGCCGCCGGUGCACCCUCCGCGGCAGGCGCCGUACUUGGCGUCGGGUGCCACCAACGACGGCUGCGGGCUGACGCACGGCGACGGGACGACUGCGCUGAAGCGCCAGCGUCGGGAGUGA